AUGCAGGACAAGCUGCGCUCGCCCACACUCGACUCGUACUUUGCCGUGACCGCGAAUUUGGGGACGCACACCUUCUAUAUGAUAUUUCUGCCCAUUCUAUUCUGGUGCGGAUAUACCAAUAUCGGUAGAGCGAUGGUCCACAUGCUGGCGGCAGGCAUCUUCUUCACCGGCUUUAUCAAAGACAUGCUGUGCCUCCCUCGACCACUGUCACCUCCGCUUGCUCGCAUCACAAUGUCGGGAUCUGCCGCCUUGGAAUAUGGCUUCCCAUCGUCGCACUCGAGCAACGCCGUCUCCGUAGCCAUCUAUGCCCUCUAUAAAUUCCACAGCGCACGUGAAGACUACCAUCCGAACGUAUUCCUGGUCCUCCAGAUACUCUGCUACUGGUUUGCCAUUUCCAUCGUAUUCGGCAGGCUCUACUGUGGCAUGCACGGCUUUCUGGAUGUCGUUGUCGGCAGCAUGUUCGGCGGCGCCAUAGCCGUCGCCCAGCUAGUCUUUGAGCAAAGCUUCGACAGCUGGCUCUUCAUUUCAAGUCCCUUGCCGCCUUUGGUCAUCACUCUGUUCAUUAUGAUACUCGUUCGAAUCCAUCCCGAGCCAGCAGACGACUGUCCAUGUUUCGACGACACCGUUUCGUUUGUUUCGGUCGUCAUUGGUAUCAACAUUGGCGCAUGGCACUAUGCGAUGACCGGUUUAGCCAUUGACGAUCCAAUUCCUUCCACAAAUCCAUUUCGACUGGAAACGGUUGGUCUACCACGGGCAACGCUACGGAUUUUCCUUGGUGUUGUGGUCAUUUUCUUAUGGCGGGCAACCAUGAAGCCAACUUUAUUCACCGUUUUGCCGCCUAUAUUCCGUUUAUUGGAGCAGCUCAGGCUUAACCUGCCUCGUGCUUUCUUCCUCAACGCUUCAAAAUACACCAGUAUCCCAACAUUGCGAGGCGACGACAAUGUCAUCCCACCUGCUUCCGAACUCCCCAACAUGCUCAAGAACCUCGCACAUCCACGCAAACGCUCCGUAUCUGUAGGGCCUCAGUCUGCCGCAGAUGCGUACGAGACCCUCGCCUACCGCAACAGGCGACGAAGAGAAAGCAUCAACUCCCUCGAUGGCGCCGUUCAGGAAGAUGCCGCGUGGUCGCCCACGGAGAAGAAGGCUUCCCAUCGAGAUGAGCGAUCAUCGUCUAAGCAACGGGAGAAGAGCCCCUUGGGUGUCAGUCUCCUGCCAACGCCAGCAGCGUCAAGAGUCCACUCUUACGAACAGAUGAUGGGUACCGGGCAUGUUGAGGGUGUCGACAUCACACCGCCCGACAGCGAGGCGGAGCUUGCGGUGCAAACACCCGCCGAGGCGGAAAGCGAGAAGAGGGAGAUCUUUAUGCAAUUGUUGAAGCCGCGUGUGAGGUACGACGUUGAGGUCGUCACGAAGUUGAUAAUUUAUACAGGCAUUGCCUAUAUAGCAGUGUGCGGCAACCCCAUUCUAUUCGAAUUCGUCGGUCUGGGUACAGGUAUCCGGACAGGUUCAUACAGCAAUAUGCAUGCUAUACGGAGACAGGCCCAUCGCGUGGCGAGUAGCCCAGGAGCCGGUACCGCCUACAACCCAUUUUCACGCGUACGGUCGCGGGAUACCGUCGCACAUCAGGAUGCAGAGAAUGCGCCGCACAGGUCACAGUCGGAGGCGCACAUGCAACUAGGUGAUGAGCAGGAUAGAGCCCUUGAAAGUGCCCAGGCAGAGAAAGAAUUCGGCGGUCCUCACCACGCGAAUACCGCGCCGUCGCCUACGUCAGGAAGAAAUUCUUUGAACGCCGAAGGGCCAGCGACCACCGAUUUUGCGCCGAGUGGGAGCACUGCGCCGAAGAAGGCAUCGGCGGAUAUCAGCGACAAGACCGCAGUCACCAACGAUGCAGAUACUCACACGAACGGUUCCGCUGUGAAGCAGCGCGGUUGGGUAAAGAGAAUAAUCAAGGGAAAGGAAGAGGAUAACGACGCCGAUGAGGGCCGCCACGAAUCUGAGAAGCUGGAUGUCGACGAACGCAAGAGAAGGGCUCUGAAGAGGAAAAUUCCUGUAGGCCAGCAGGUCCGAUACGUGCUUUUCGGCGCGUGGAUCAACGUCCUGCUCGUUAUGGUGCCGAUUGGUUUUGUAGUGUACUACACGCACAAGAUCAACGAUAUCGGUGUCUUCCUGAUCAACUUCAUUGCCAUCAUUCCGUUGGCCGGUAUGCUUAGCAACGCCACGGAAGAGCUUGCGAUCCGCGUGGGCGAAACGCUCGGUGGAUUGCUCAACGCCUCUUUCGGUAACGCUGUCGAACUCAUUGUCUCGAUUCAGGCUUUGGUCAAAGAUGAGAUCACGAUUGUCAAGACAUCGCUCAUCGGUAGUAUGCUUUCUAACCUGUUGCUUGUUCUGGGCAUGUCCUUCUUUGCGGGCGGCUUCAAUCGCGUGGAACAGUUCUUCAACAUCACCGUUGCGCAGACGGCUGCCUCUCUCUUGGCUCUUUGCAUUGCUUCGCUGAUCAUUCCGACCGUGUUCCACAAUAUGAUCGCCGACAUUGGCACAGGCGAACAAGAUGCCGCGCAAGAUGCAAAGAGUAAUUCGGAACUAUCCCACGGAACAGCCAUCAUUCUCCUCUUCGUGUACGGCUGCUACCUCUUCUUUCAACUCAAGACCCACGUCUCGAUGUACAAUGAACCCAGCGAAAAGGGCGUCAAGCGCAAACAGUCCGUCGACGGAAGCGUCGCCCGCGGCAUCGCAACCAUCGGAGCAGGUACCGCUGCCGCAUCAGGCGGUGCCGCGAACCAGAGCCGCCAUCUGCAGAACAGCAAAGAAGCCGCGGAAGACGAAGAAGAUGACUUCGAGGAGCCUAACCUCACCAUGUGGGGUGCUCUCGUCACACUCGCUAUCUCAACUACGCUCGUUGCUUUCUGCUCCGAAUUCAUGGUCUCCAGUAUUGAUGGCUUCACUCGCGAGGCCGGUAUCUCGACUACCUUCGUCGGUCUGAUUCUCCUGCCCAUUGUGGGCAACGCCGCUGAACACGCCACCGCUGUCACUGUCGCGAUCAAGGAUAAGAUGGACCUCUCCAUCGGUGUCGCUGUCGGUUCCUCCAUGCAAAUCGCCCUUCUCGUACUCCCCGGUAUCGUCGUCAUUGGAUGGAUCGCGGGUAAGGAGGACAUGAAUCUCUACUUCGACACUUUCCAGAUCGCCAUCUUGUUCGUUGCAGUAUUGCUCGUCAACUACCUGAUCCAGGACGGCAAGUCUCAUUGGCUCGAGGGCGUGCUUCUCAUGUCAUCCUAUAUCAUCAUCAGCUUGGCUGCAUGGUUCUACCCCGAUCUGCCCGAGGGUUCCGAAAGCUAG